AUGCCGGCGUCUGAAUGCCCCGAUUUCCUUGCCGCCUUCAGGAGGCGUGUGCUCUCCAUGUCCGGGGGGAUCGAGGAGCUGGGGUCCGUCCAAUGGGAGCUGUGCGCCUGUCUCCUGGCCUGCUGGUUGGCCUGCUACUUCUGCAUAUGGAAGGGAGUCAAGUCCACUGGAAAGGUCGGUCCAACAUCCUCGUUCUUAUUCCAGCCAGCUAGUGCGCUGAACACAAGUCAUGUCUGCAGGGGGCAGUCCUGGUGGAAGGGAGAUCCAGAUCCCGCUCCAGCAGGGGGCGACGGCGAGCUCUCUGGCCAAUGCCAUGCCCUCUCCUUGGUCCCCCCCGGCGUCUCGUUGCGCCAGGCCAACGCCCGGUCCCACGUGGAGGCCCCCCCAGAACAUGGCUCAGGCGGUUCCCACGGGCCGGACUGCGGCUUCCUGCCGGUCCAGGGGGGCUUCAGAGACCGCUUCCUAGCGACUCCGGAGCCCAAGUACUGCUGUGAGGCCUGCAGGCUGGUGCUGUGUCAGCCCCGGCAGACCGAGUGCGGACACCGCUUCUGUGACAGCUGCAUCAACGAGCUGCUCAGCCAUCCCAAACCCAUGUGUCCUGUGGAUAUGGAGCCCUUGUUUAAGGAGAAGGUGUUCCGUGACGUGUGCUGUCACAGGGAGAUCAUGGCCCUCAACGUUCUCUGUCGCAGUCAUUCCAACGGCUGUGCUGAACACAUGACCCUGCAGCAAGUCCCAGACCAUCUCAACGUGUGUCCAUUCUUUGAAGUCCCGUGCCCCCUGGGGAAGUGUAAGGAGAGGGUGAUGAGGAAGGACAUCUCGGACCACCUGGGCUUCAAGUGUAAACACAGAGAGAGCAGCUGUGAAUACUGCAAACACAAGAUGCCCCUCAGUGAACUACAGAAACACAAGGAGACGGUGUGUCCAGCGUUCCCUGUUGCCUGUCCGAACAACUGCUCACACUCCCCUCUGCUGAGGAACAAGGUAGGGCCCAGGUUACACGAGCGGGAAUGUCCAAAGUCUCAGGCCUUGUGUCCUUUCCAGCGCUACGGCUGCACUCAGAAGGGAUCGAACCAGGUCAGGGACCAUGAGGCGGAGUCGGCAGCGGAUCACCUGAGGAUGAUGUUAUCUAGGAGCUGUGCCCUGGAGACUAAGGUGGACGUGAGGGAGGAGCUGCUGGAGCGGUCCAAGGUGCUCCCGGGUCUCAGCAGCCGUCUGGCGGAGAUGAGAAUCACCGAGGAGCUGAGGGACAAGAACCGGCUCACGGACCAGAAAUCGUCACGGCUGCAGAAGCUGAUGAGCUCCCAGUCGGAGAAGCUCCUGGAGGUGGAGCUGGAGCUGAGGGUGCUACGUCUCCUCCGGGAGGAGGUGGGGGAGCUGAGGGGGGCGCUGGAGAACCUGAGGGCCGGUCUGGCCCUCCUGGAGCAGGGGGCCCGCGGCCCGGCUGCCACCGGCUCCAUGGAGACGCAGCUGAGUCGCCACGACGACAUGCUGAGCGUGCACGAGAUCCGUCUGGCGGACAUGGACCUGCGCUUCCAGGUGCUGGAGACGGCCAGCUUCAACGGCACGCUCAUCUGGAAGAUCCGCGAAUACAAGCGGCGCAAGCAGGACGCGGUGGCCUCCAAGACCUCCUCGCUGUACUCCCAGCCCUUCUACACCGGCUACUUCGGCUACAAGAUGUGCGCCCGCGUCUACCUGAACGGCGACGGCAUGGGCAAGGGCACGCACCUGUCGCUCUUCUUCGUGGUCAUGAGGGGCGAGUACGACGCGCUGCUGCCCUGGCCCUUUAAGCAGAAGGUGACCCUGAUGCUGAUGGACCAGGGACCCCCCAGGAAGCACCUGGGCGACGCCUUCAAGCCCGACCCCAACAGCAGCAGCUUCCGGCGGCCGGUGGCCGAGAUGAACAUCGCCUCGGGGUGCCCGCUGUUCGUGGCGCAGACCGUCCUGGACACUGGCACCUACAUCAAGGACGACACCAUCUUCAUCAAGGUUACCGUGGAUACCUCUGACCUCCCCGACCCCUGACCUCUGAACCCCGAACGGAUCAGCUGAUCUGUCGAACCCCGCAGAGCAAAGGAUCAUGGGAGAACGGAGGAACGGUGGACGGGCCCGGGAGCGCCUGCCGUCCGGCAGACAGACAGACAGACGGGUGGGUGGCGGGACAGCCGGGCCCCGUCCCGACCGGGCCUCCUGAGCGGGCGGGGCACCUCCUCCUCCUCCUCCUCCUCCUCCUGGGGGAGCGGCGGACCCCGGGGGGCGCCUCCCGCCCGGUCCGCGGACAUUUCAGCUCAGCGUCUCGGUGUACAUAGCCAACAUGGACGUUUAACGCAUCACUAUGGCCACACGGGGCAUCCCCACGGCAACAGGACUGUUGUCCCUCGGCGUGCCCCCCC